AGAAGUAGAGGUAUCAAGCAAUGGACAACAGCUUCCCCAUUAAUCAGAGAUGGAAGCUUUGCACAUUUACAAGCUUGACGAGCAUCAUUAUCCUAGUGUUAUUGCUUGGUCAAGACCAUGGGACCCUGAACUUUUUGACUUUUCGAAGCUCGACCUCGACCUCGACCUCGUCGGUGGCAUCAUCAUUCAAUCUCGUAGACUCUUAUGUUGCAGCUAACAUUCAGUUGCGGUCCAAUGAUUCUUCACUUCUAAGUGAGGAUGAUAAGCAUGAGAAGAAAAGCUGCAACAUCUUUGAUGGCAAAUGGGUUUAUGAUCCUAAGGCAAGUCCUCUCUAUGAUCAAACAAAGUGUCCAUUUCUUAGUGACCAAGUUAGCUGCCGAAGGAACGGCCGACACGAUUCCGACUAUGAGAAGUUGAACUGGGAAGCCACUGGGUGCAAGAUUCCCAGGUUUAAUAGCAAAGACAUGUUAGAGAAACUCAGAGGAAAGAGAGUGAUCAUAGUUGGGGACUCACUUAACAGAAACCAAUGGGAAUCUCUUGCUUGUCUUCUCUACUCUGCUUUACCUCCCUCACAGGUCCAUGUUGAUGUAAAAAUUGGCAGCUACAAAGUCUUCAGAGCAAAGGAUUACAACUGUUCUGUGGAGUUUUUCUGGAGCCCGUUUCUGGUGGAACUAAAAGUCGACCAGGAAAAUGGUGCCAGAAUACUGAAGCUUGACAAACUCUCGGCUAUGUCGCAUAAGUGGCGUGGUGCACAUAUUAUGGUGUUCAACACUGGUCAUUGGUGGGUGCAUCAGGGGAAGUUACAGGCGUGGGACUACUUUCAUUAUGAUGGGAAGAUGGUAGAAACAAUGGAGAUGGAGUUGGCACUUGAGGCAGCCAUGAAAACCUGGUCAAAUUGGAUUGAUCAGAAUGUGGAUACCAAUAAAACCAUGGUUUUCUUUAGAAGUAUAUCACCAGAACAUAAGGGGAAGCAGUGGUGCUACAAUGAAACCCAACCCAUCUCAGAUGAGUCCUACCAAGCGAUUUUCCCUGAGCCAUUAAUUGAAGUUGUUGAGAGAACAAUACAGAGAAUGAAAACCCCGGUACGGUAUUUGAACAUAACAAAGCUAUCCCAGUAUCGAAGAGAUGCGCAUCCAUCGGUUUAUGCAAAAAAGCUAGGCAAGCUAUCCCUAGCAAUGAAACAGAGAAAAGAAGAGAUCAUUGCUGAUUGCAGCCAUUGGUGUUUGCCUGGUUUGCCUGAUACUUGGAACAGGCUCUUGUAUACUAACAUUGUAUCAAACUUCUCCUAAUAGUACUUGUGAAACCAUUGUUAUCCAUGACUGGAGGUUGAGACUUGAGAGUGGAGAUUCAUCACUAUGCCUCUUCACUAGUUUUAACUACUUUUCGCCAGCUUCUGUGGCCA